AUGUCGGGAGGUGGGUCUUCUAGAUACCGUGGUGUCCGUCUGCGGCCCUGGGGCAGGUGGGUUUCGGAGAUCCGAGAACCGCAACGACGAGACUCUCGAACUUAUCGAAUAUGGCUCGGCUCAUUCCGAUCUGCGGAGGAGGCGGUGCAACUCUUACCCAACCAGGAUACCCAUUACUAUUUCAUUUAUGCUCAUGCAUAUGACGCAGCGUUACUCUGUCUCCGAGGCUCCUCUGCCAACCUCAAUUUUCCCAACUUCAACUACAGGCUUCCACCCGGCAUUCCGGGCCGGUACAGCACGCGAGAAAUUCAAGCAGCGGCUUCUGCCGCAGCAGCUCAAUCAGCAGGCCGCCAAUUCUCCUACGACAACUUCAUGUCGCCGACUUCCCCGUCGGAAAGCGAGGAAGAGGUUGAGGACAUCACUUACCCAGGCAACUCUAGCCACGUACAGUAUCAAACGCAAUCUUCUCAACCAUCCUACAAUUACAACUCUGAUGAUGAUCCACGCAACCAAAUGAACCGGAUAGCUCAAGCGAUGUUGAUCGAUCCUCCUAAUCACGACUCGGACGACACUGAUGAAAGCAGUGACGAUGACGACCCUCCGUUGUGGUGCUAA